ACAGAGUAGAGAUAUUUAUAUGUGUUUCUCUCUCUAAAUAUAUAGCUGUCUCUUUCCUUCUCUCUCUCUCUCACACACAGACCAUCGUAAUUUCAAUUCAGACUGGGAAAAUGGGAUUAUGAUUUUUUAGAGAUUCCAUUUGUGUCAUCUGAUCUGGAAGGUGGGUGUGGUCUUAAUUGUAUAUUAGGGCAUGAAAAUCUGCAAGGGGAUUUGUUCUGAAUCUUUUAUUCUCAGCUCCACCAUUGUUGAUUGGAGUCCACUCUAGAUUGGUCCAAUUUUGUUCGGUUUUAAUGGAGUGUGCGGAUAAGGCGUUGGAGUGAAAGAUGGAUAGGGGUAGAUUGGAUUUAAGAUUUCAUCACUCUGGUUCCACACCAUCAGAGGAAUCAGCUUUGGACUUGGAAAAAGCCUACAGUAAUCAUACCAAUCUGCCUUCGUCCAGUCCACCAUCACUACAAGCUUUCACAUCAAGUAAUCAACAUUCCGAGAGCAAUGCAGCCUACUUCUCAUGGCCCACUUCGAGUCGGUUAACUGAUGCAGCUGAAGAUAGGGAAAAUUACUUUGGAAACCUUCAGAAGGGGGUUCUGCCUGAAACUCAAGGGCGACUGCCUACGGGGCAGCAAGCUACCACGUUGCUUGAACUGAUGACCAUUAGGGCAUUUCAUAGCAAGAUCUUGCGCCGUUUCAGUCUUGGCACAGCAAUUGGAUUUCGGAUUCGUCGGGGUGUUUUAACUGAUAUACCAGCUAUUCUUGUCUUUGUUGCUCGGAAAGUUCACAGACAAUGGCUCAACCAUAUUCAGUGUCUACCCACUGCUCUUGAGGGACCUGGUGGUGUAUGGUGUGAUGUUGAUGUUGUAGAAUUCUCUUACUUCGGUGCACCUGCAGCGACUCCAAAAGAACAAUUGUAUAAUGAGCUUGUAGAUGGCUUGCGGGGAAGUGAUCCAUACAUUGGUUCUGGUUCCCAGGUUGCGAGCCAAGAAACAUAUGGAACCUUGGGGGCUAUUGUAAAGAGCCGAACAGGAAAUCAGCAGGUCGGCUUCCUCACAAAUCGACAUGUGGCUGUUGAUCUGGACUACCCAAACCAGAAAAUGUUUCAUCCCCAGCCUCCAAGCAUUGGACCUGGGGUGUAUCUGGGUGCUGUGGAAAGAGCAACAUCAUUCAUAACAGAUGAUCUUUGGUAUGGCAUCUUUGCCGGAACAAACCCAGAAACAUUUGUUCGAGCUGAUGGGGCGUUCAUUCCUUUCACUGAAGAUUUUGACAUGUCCAAUGUAAGGAUACCCGUUAAAGGUAUAGGUGAGAUUGGUGAUGUCAAUGACAUAGACUUGCAGUCACCAAUCAACAGUCUUAUUGGCAGACAAGUGGUAAAAGUUGGAAGAAGCUCUGGUUUGACUACCGGGACCAUAAUGGCGUAUGCCCUAGAGUACAAUGAUGAGAAAGGGAUUUGUUUCUUUACUGAUUUUCUUGUGGUUGGCGAGAAUCAACAGACGUUUGACCUUGAAGGUGAUAGUGGAAGCCUCAUUCUCUUAACAGGUCAAAAUGGGGAGAAACCACGGCCUGUUGGGAUCAUUUGGGGUGGGACAGCUAAUCGAGGUCGGUUGAAAUUGAAAGUUGGUGAACCUCCGGAGAAUUGGACUAGUGGAGUUGAUCUUGGGCGCCUUCUUGAUCUUCUUGAACUUGAUCUGGUUACAACCUGUGACGGGCUUCAAGCUGCACUGCAAGAGCAAAGAAAUGCUUCUGCAGUGGGCAUGGAUUCUACCGUGGGAGAAUCAUCUCCCCCUGACCGGUUGCAACUGAAAGAUAAAAUUGGUGAGAACUAUGAGCCUCUCGGCCUACACAUUUGGCAAGUGCCUAUUGAAGGUGAGUCCCAUCGGGGCCCAACCCCGUCAUUCAUGAACGGAAAUUUUCCCAAUGAAGCCGGUACUGAAGCAGCUCCCAAUUUAGAGCACCAGUUUAUUCCAAGUUUUACUGAAAGAUCUGCGGCACAUGAGAACAAUCAACAGGGAAACACAGAAUCAAAAAACCUAGCAGCAUUAAGGAGUGGUUCUGAUGAAGAGAUUUCUGUUUUGUUGCAGUUGGGCGAGCCAGAACCAAAGAGAAGAAAGCAAUCGGAUUCUGAUUCUCCACUAGGCGUAGAAGACCAAAAACCCAAAAUGAAAUAAAGGUAACUGCCUCGUGUUGAGAAUUCUUUUGGAGAGUUGAGUUAAGAUUCUCGGGUCUUUAAUUUUGAAUUGUAUCUGAAAUUUGAAAUUGCAGGGAGGAACCCGGGUUGAGCCUCCGAGUAGAUAAAUUAUUAUUUAUUAUUUGAUACUUUUAGCAUAUCUUGGUCAAAUUACAAAAUUAGGUUACAUAAGUGGGGAUAUACAGCAUUUGAGGGGGGGAAAUGUACAUUUUCUUCUUUGAUUUGUAUAAUUUUGUUCAAAGUUUAUUUGUACCAUAGACACCGCGCGGGGGGGAAUCCAAUUUUACCCUUUGGAUGGGAAAGUGCUUUGGUGAAAUUGGUGGCAAAAUAGUGCCCUCUUUGUUUAAAUGUUACUGGAGACAAAUUGCAGUGAAAUAAAGAAUGUGGCCUUGCCAAUAAU